GUUCCAUUCCGCAAUUUUUAAACGAGCGCAUGUACCGCCAAGUGCCGCCGCCUGCGGUCCAGGCGUUCCCACACGACGUCCAUGGCGAGAUGGCGCGGAUGCGGGAGGCCAUCGCACGCCUUACGCAGGAGAAGGGCCAGGCCGAGGAGAUGGUCGGGCUUCUCAACAUUAAGCUCGACGCGUACAACGAAGAGCUCUUUGACGCCAAGUCGAACGUUGCAGUGAUCGAAGCCGAAGCCAACUACCGCUGCCAGCAGAACGAGCUCGCGACGUCGCAGAAGGUCGCUAGCCUCACGUCCCAGGUCGCGUUCCUGCGCGAGCAGAUUGCGACCUCGGAGCGCGCCCACACGCGUCUUCGCAAGGAGCUCGAGAGCGCCCAGACGUCGAUGCUCGUCGAGCAAAAGCGACUAACGGCCGAGAAGAAGCUCCUCGAGACCAAAAAGCGCCAGCUCCACGAGAUGAGCAGCUCCCAAGCCGUUCCCUUGUCCCAGGUCGCCUCCCAGCGACCGUUCUACCCGUCGCAGCAGCUGCGAACACCGCCGCCUCGGCCGCAGUCGCCGGUGGUCGCGCCUCGGUCCUCGGCCACGAUUGCGGUCCAGACCGAGGCCAUUACUACCACGAGUCUCAGCCACGAGAAUGCGGAGCUCGUCCACAACCUGCUUCAAGGCGCCGCGCUCUUGACGCUGCUCAACCAUGUCUCGUCGUCGGGCCUCGAGGGGCCCGAGGCAGAGACGCUCACGCACCACGACGCACCCCGGGACUCGGAGUUUAGCCAGCUUAUGCAGCCAUUCUCCCAGUGGUUUCCGCCGCCACCGUCGCCGACCGUCGUCAAGCUGGCGCCGCUUGCGCUCGCCCAGCAGCUCUACACGACGCUGUCCCAGCUUCUGGCGGGCAAAAGCACGAGCGUCCACUUGAUUCCGCUCCUAACCGACUACUUGCUGGCGGAUAUCGAACACUCGGUGCUCACAAGCGCACUGCAGGUCCUCUUUGGCCUCCUGCACGCCAGCACGCGCGUUCGGGAAGCGCUACGCGACCCGCCAUUAUCAUCCUCGACCCAAGGGAUCGCUCGCAUUCUGCUGCGUGGCAAACCGCUGGCACCGUCAACGCCCGAGACAUUUCCUACCACCUUGGACAUGUCGGUGGUCCGGGCCAAGUGCAUGCAUGCACUCACGCGUGUUCUGAAGCACCAUGUGCAUCAACCUGCCGUGCUGGCUCAUGGUCUUGCGGUUGUAUCACUUUGGAUUCGCAUUUCGCGGCAAGGUGCGGAGAGCUUGUUGCCGGUUUUGCAGGACAUUGUCGGGAGUCCGAAAUCAACGAGCCACGUCCAAGUCCGCGCGCUGAGUCUCCUCAUGCAGCUGCUCCAGACGGAAAGUCUCUUUCAGAUCUGGCGCCGCCAGAAGCAAUGGCUGCCACUGCUGUUGCUCAAGAGCCCGGUCAAGCUCAGUGCGCUGCAUGUGACUGUGCAGCUGGCCCUCCUGCAGUUUGUCGACUUUGUCAUGAUGACGUACGGGCUCCCGGGCGCAACGUGCAUACUCAGCCACCAGCCCGACGAAGCAUCGAUCGUCCAGCCCAUCAUUCGGCUCAUGGAGACGGCCAUUACCCACAUACAAGACGACCACGAUGAUGCAGCGAUGCAGUUGCAGCUGCUGCGCGCCGGCUUCCAGCUCAUUAGCGCCUUGGAGCAGUACGUGGAGCUCAAGAGCCAAGUGCGGGAGCCCAAGCAGCAAGCCGCGCUCUUCAACAUUCUGCACUACGUCCAGCGCGAGCUGCCGCGGGAUGCGGUGACCGCCAUGGCGCUCAUCAGCGUGCUGCAAGCCCCAACGCCUGUCACCUCGUAGCUCGUUAACGUUGACGUGGACUAAAAAUAUAGUCUUUUAUCUAUCCUA